AUGACUUUCAGUGUAUUGAUGCAGCAAGGAUGGCCCUUCAUCAACAUCAGCGAAUUAGCAAGGAAUGUGAAGUCGCUGCUUCAUUGUCCAUUCACUCCAUUUAUUAUCUUAUUUUGCCACACCAUCUGCACAUCUAGUCUAGACGAUCUUACCCGUCUGAAAGAGUUUCUCGAUUCACUCGAAACUGCCAAGGCUAGUUUCAAGUCGAUUGAAAAAUUGCAUCAGCUUUGCAACGUGUUCUACCGGGUAGCCCGUCUAUACCUAAACUCACUGGAGCCGGGAAAAGGCGAGACAUUGGCCGAUGACUCAGUUCGAUGUGGUCGAAUUGACGAAGGAAUAUCUGCACCUCAGAUGCUGAAUCCUUAUCUAGCCAACCUUGGCAUCAUUUGUAGCGCCCCGAGUGAUACUAUCGCUACCACCGCAAUAGCGUAUGACCAAAUAAUGGCGGAUAAUUGGAACGAUACUGCUCAGGCUGUGCCCUCGACCGUGUCAGAUUGGUAUGCUAGAAAUCUGCAAAUGAUGGGAAUUUUGGAAAGUGAUUUUGCGGACGUGGAAUAUCCACAGGUGCCUCUUUCAAGGGUCUAG